AUGGGCUUGAAUGGAGAUUACAAGGAGGUCUUUUUUGGUGGCAUCAAUAUCAACGCACCCAUUGAUGGGGAAGACGAUUCUCAUUGGCUAAGAGCAGUGAUCCAACAUCUAAAUAUCCAGUUUGCGGAGCGCAUGCAUCGGCGUGGGCACAAAUAUUACAUUGAAGGAAAUGAGGCAGACGCACCACUGAAUGCAGAGGAAGAGGCACCAGAGCCAGAUGUGCCUCAAAGAUUGACCCGGAAGGCAGCCAUUAAAUGGGUGGUUCGUAUAUUGGAACAAAGCCAUGGCCGUGAAAUCCGAUGCUACUAA